AUUUUCUUUGCAGCUGUGUGCCAGGAACCAUGGUCACUUUCUUCCCAGGUCGUGUUUUCUGAGGGCCAGAAGGGAACGUGCUCUGAUUACCACCCCCAGCAGAAAGGAGGCUGCGUGGGUCAGACGCGCUCACCCCACCCCCUGCGGAGGGCCCUACAAGUGCCUCUCCCACUGCGGCCCCACGGCUCUGCACGUCAGAGGGAGCCCCGUGCCGCAGCCAUGGGUGAGUGCAGGUCUGGGGAGGGCUCCUUGCAGGGCACUGGGAGAGGCCCUGAGCACUGCCCCGAUGGGGAUCGGGGAUAUCAGUGCACGCAGAAGGCUGCACUUGGGGAUGGGAAAGGGCAAGAUGCUCACCCCCCUUGGGCGGAGGAGCUGAGGCCUUUGGCUCCCCAGCUGGCACAGAGCGCAGCAUACGUCGUGUGUUCCUGCGUCACACGUGGGAGUGCUGGAGCCACGGGAUUUCCCACCUCACGUUUCAACAUUUUUACAUCUUCUCCCUUUUCCAGUAACCCACUGCCUUCUACUCCUUGCUUGUGUGCUGGUCUUGGCCACCCCACACCUCUCUGUGCCUGCGCAAACCCUGAACAUCUUCAAGAAAGCUCUCUCCAACACUUUGACAAACGCUCUGAAGAAAAACGUUGGCCCAAGGACUGCAGUGAGAUCCCUCCUGGCAGCCACAGCGGUGUCUACAGCAUCCAGCCCUCAGGCCUCCGCCCCAUCGUGGUGUACUGUGAGAUGAACGCGACAGACGGGGGCUGGACGGUCAUCCAGAGGAACCAGAAGGACACAGCCGUCACCUGGGCCGAGUCCUGGAGCACCUACAAGUACGGCUUUGGGAAUGUGCACAGCGACUACUGGCUGGGCACCGAGUACAUCCACCAGAUCGCCAAGCAGAAGGUCUACCAGGUCAGAUUCGUCAUCCAGGAUGCCUCCAACAACACCAAGUUCGCGGAGUACAACCUCUUCAGUCUGGACGAUGAGUCCCAGGGCUACCGGCUGCGGCUGGGAACGUACACAGGGACAGCGGGGGAUGCCAUGGACUCAGACGAUCCCAGUAACGUGCACAACAACAUGAAGUUCUCCACAAAAGAUCGGGAUCGGGACACUUCAAGAAAGAACUGUGCAUCCCGCUGGGGCGGGUGGUGGUACUCAGCACGUUAUUCCAUGCGGCUGAAUUUCACGGGCGGCAUGACGUGGGGCAGCCUGUGCAGAGGGGACUGCAAAUCCUCCCUCAUCCUCAUCAGAGCAGCUCCUCACAGCAACGUUCCUUCCUCACCAGACGCGGCCAGACCAGUGCUCUGCUGCACCGCUUGAUGCUGGCUGGGGUUCUGGGCGUGAGCGGGGUGUUCCUCUAUACCAAGAGCUGUUUUCCUUUACUCUUUUCCUGGCAAUUGGCAACAUUCACUGCUUUGUCUGUGGUGUGUCACCUGCGGUGGGUUUUAAGGAUCAUUAUUGGAACAAGACGUAAACGUUUUGGUUUUCCUGACCCUGCUCUGAGGUUAUAGGUGAAGGCCACAGACUUCAGCAGAAAAAUCUCAUUUAUUGCUAGCUAACCCAACCUAUGCUGCUCCACGCCCAGGCACACCGUACAGCUGCUGCAGCCUGUGUUCAUCCUGCAGAAUAAAACUGCUUUCAGAACCAGCACAGACAUGUGAAAAUGUCCCUCAUCUGCUGCCCGCCUUUAGCCAGGAGCAGACCCGAGGCUCCUGUUCCAAUAAGAAAUCAGAGGGGAAUUUUUUUGACAAAACAAAUGGGGAAUUAACGACAAAACUUGCACUUAAAGGAGGGAGCUGGGUUUCAAAGUGGGGACCUUUUGAAAAGGGAAUGCAGUACCAUGCAGCCGAAAGCAAGAGGUGAGAAUGUGAUGGUGUGCUUCCCCCGCUCCCCCUUCUCCUUCCAGCCUGACCAUUGCACCGACAGCCUUUUUCAGGCAGGAGGUGACCACAAUCCCGGUUGUUUCCAGCCCAGGCAAGCUGAUGGAGAAACCGGCACCGUGUUCAUCAGCUGAGGAGCAGCUGGGCCAGCAGCAGACUAACCACAGUGCUGAACGCUGUCUGAUUUAAGCGAGAUUCUGGGGGACCUAACAUCAAACUCAAAACUACAACCAGUAUCCAAUAUGACUACGAGCCUGUCAUCUUACCCCCAUGAACAGUAAACAGCCCAGAGCCCUCAAGGUCUCCUGUACCAAAGCGGAACGUAGGGCAGGAUCUCCUCUUGAGUAGGGGUACCUCUCAAGGUUACACGUGUGGCAGGAAUUCUUUAUCACACAAUCCCAGAAUCACGGGGGCUAGAAGGGGCCCCUGGAGCUCCCCCAGUCCAAGUCCCUCAAAGCAGUUCCCUGCAGUACGUUU